CCUCCCUCCGCUCUCCUCCUCCUCCUCGCCGCUCCUCUCCCUCUCCUCCUCCUCCUGCUCUCUCCGCCUUUCCAGCCGCACCGGGAGCGGGCGCCGGGGCCGCGGCGCGGAGCUGCCCGGAGCGCGGAGCCUCCCGGAGCGCGGAACCUCCCGCGCAGCCUUGGCCGCCCGGGCAGAGGAGGGGCAGAGCCCGGCUCGGCCGGUCCGCCCCGGGGCAGGAGAGGCGCUCGGAGCCGCGGAGGGAGCGGGAGUCCCGGCAGCCCCGGGGCGAUGGUUUCGGCAGCGCCCCGCGGCCGCCGGCGGGCGCAGCCGGGCGGCGCGCACUGAGGACGGGCGCGGAUCCCAAGCCCAGCUGUCCCAUUUUAUGGAGGUGCGGGCCAGGGCCAGCCCAGCUCCCGUUUUUCCUGCUGGCGAUGCUGCUGGUCCCGUCGUGGAGAGACCCUGGGCAGCCCCGCAGAACCUGAGUGCCGAGGCGGCAGUGGCGACGGCCUCCCUGUGCUCCCCGGCUGACUACUAUGGCCGUGUACUGCUAUGCGCUCAAUAGCUUGGUGAUGAUGAAUAGCAACAGCGAGGUGACAAGCGGCAGGAGCAAGACGCCGCCUCCUCCCGGACAAGUGCUGCCCAGGGGUCCGGAGACGCCCGGCAGCUGCCGCUCGCUCCCUGUUUUCAGCGCGGCCCCGGUGCCGCCCCGCUCCCCACGCUGUGGCCCCGCUUUCCUUUUCCCACCACCUGAGGAGCCCCUGCGGCAGCCAGCCAGCCCCGGGGGGCGGCGGGGCAGCCGAGGCGAAGAGGGACAGCCAGGGCCCCCCAUGGCACGGCAGCUUCAACGGGAGCUGCACAACGUGCAGGUGAACCAGAAAGUGGGGCUCUUCGAGGCGCACAUCCAGGCACACAGCUCUGCUGCCCAGCCACCCCGGAGCCCCCGGCUAGCCCGGCCCCGUCCGGCCAGCCCCACGGCGCCUGUGGCAGGACUUGGAACUGGACCCCGGCCGCGAGCCUACGGGGAAAGCGAGGCCCCCGAUGCUGGUGGGGUGCAGGUUUGUGUGAGCACUGCAGAGCCCUCCAGGAGGCCAGUGAUGAUGGUGGAGCUGGCAGAGAGCAGCAGCCCCCUGGAGCAGUCAGGGCUUGCACCACGGCAAGAGGAGGUGGUGGUGGCCCCCACAGGACUUAAGGGCCAGCGCCCAGCCAUCGGUGGAAGCAUCCCUGCCGUCAUUGUCACAGACCUGGGGGGCCCGGAGGAGGAGGUGGGCACCCUGCCCCCUGGCAGCCUGCCUGUCCGGAAGCUCUCAUCAUCCUCAGCAUCUUCCACUGGCUUCUCCUCAUCCUGGGAGGAGUCUGAGGAGGACAUCUCCAGUGACCCCGAGCGCACCCUGGACCAGACCCCGGCCUUCCUGCAGACCCUGGACCAGCAGAAGCCCCGAGUGAGCAAGUCAUGGAGGAAGAUCAAGAAUAUGGUGCACUGGUCCCCGUUUGUGAUGUCUUUCAAGAAGAAAUACCCUUGGAUCCAGCUAGCGGGACACGCAGGUAGUUUCAAGGCAGCAGCCAAUGGCAGGAUACUGAAGAAGCACUGUGAAUCGGAGCAGCGGUGCCUCGACCGCCUCAUGAACGAUGUCCUGAAGCCCUAUGUCCCUGCCUACCACGGAGAUGUAGUCAAGGAUGGGGAGCGAUACAACCAGAUGGAAGAUCUGCUGGCUGAGUUUGACUCCCCCUGUGUUAUGGACUGCAAAAUGGGGGUCAGAACGUACUUGGAGGAGGAGUUGAUAAAGGCCCGGAAGAAGCCGAGCCUGAGGAAGGACAUGUACCAGAAGAUGAUUGAGGUGGACCCCGAUGCCCCCACUGAGGAGGAGAAUGUGCUGCGGGCAGUGACCAAGCCCCGCUACAUGCAGUGGAGGGAGACCAUCAGCUCCACCGCCACGCUGGGCUUCAGGAUCGAGGGGAUAAAGAAAGAGGACGGCACUGUGAACCGGGACUUCAAGAAGACACGGACAAAGGAACAGGUCAUGGAGGCCUUCAGCGAGUUCACCAGAGGAAACAGGAACGUUUUGAACAGUUACCUUAACCGGUUGAAGGGUAUCCGCGCUACCCUGGAGACAUCCCCGUUCUUCAAGUGCCAUGAGGUAAUUGGGAGCUCUCUCCUCUUCAUUCACGACAAGCAGGAGCAAGCCAAAGUCUGGAUGAUUGACUUUGGGAAAACCACCCCACUGCCAGAGGGACAAGUUCUCCAGCACAACGUGCCCUGGGUGGAAGGGAACAGAGAGGAUGGCUACCUCUGGGGGCUGGACAACCUCAUUCAGAUCCUGACAGAGUUGUCUCAGAGCGAAGACUUGCAUUAAAGCCGCGCAUCCGAUUCUGCCACUACCCCCAACCUGCCCCCGACUGACUCUUCUGAACUGCACUACAAGACACUUUCCAGCCCUCGCCCUCCCCGUUUGAAAGCUAUACUCUCCCUAUUUAAUGUGUUUUUGUUGUGAGGGUUUUUUAGGUUGUCUUGGUUGUUCCCUGCCCCCCCCCCCCCCACCUCCCCUUGUAAAUAGAGAGCUAACCUGCCAGAACAAAGCUGAACUUGAAACCUUGGCUUUGCAGAGUCAGUGGGAGCUGGCAGCCCAGAGGGGUUGCUUAGGCAAGUGCAUGCUUCGCCUGUCGUGCUUUUGUCUCUCGCUCAGCCUGAUGUUAAGAGGGCUGGUGGAGGAAGGAGCCUCUUCCUGCAUCAGGGUUGUCCUGAAAACACUCCAUGACUGUGCCCGGUACCCUCUGGAAGUCAGAGAGUGUGAGCAAGGUGUGGAGAUGGUGAAGGACACUGCAGUGGGAGCCCCUUAUUGUCUCUGCCAGCACCUUUCAGCCCAGAGAGCUGGCUGUGCCAAGUCCUUCAGAGCUGCUAGAAGGGCAGAUUUGGGGUUUAAUUUGUGCUCAAGACAUCUUGUAGAGGUUGCUCAGUAAUUUUUGAGUGGCACUGCAGGGCAAGGGUUUCCCUCCUGCUGCAGAGCCAUGUAGUCAGGCACAGGUAUUUGCCAUGGCCAGGUGCUUCCCACCCAUGUCCCCCAUGCUUGGGUGCCCUGCUGAGCAAAACUUUGGGCUCCUCUCUAGAGCCCCAGCUCCUCUGCUAGGAACUGCUUCCAGCCUACCUUAGCUGGGGUCUCCAAUCCUCCCUAGCUGGGAAAAACAGCUUAUAAAGGACUACUGUGAAGCCUGAAGUAGCCAUCCAGGUUGAUCAGCCUUUUUUGUCAGCAGCUGAGCACAUGUGUAGUGCCACCAACGCUCACACCUAGCCCAGGGUGACCCUCCCGCCUGGAGCAUCUCCGUAACUUCCAUCUGCAUGAGGUGAAGGGCUACAGCAGCAAGGCAGCUCCCGGGUUAGACACCUUUGGCAAACAGGGCUGGGGUCAGGCAUUCCCGUGCCUUUCCCUUUUUCCACAGAGCUGCCUGUGGCUGUGCUGCUGCCCAGCCUGCGGGAGCUGUGUGACGGCCCCUGGGCUCCCGCUCCUGCGAAAACACCCAGUUCCCUGUUUAGGGUGGAGGCUGGUUUUGAACUUCCUGGAACAUUUGAACCGAGUGGCGGCAGGGCUGGUGCGCUAAAGGUCAUCCGUGGAGAGGCUGCCGGGGAGGGCAGGCUGUGGCAGACCGAGAGCCCUCACGUCGAGGAACGUGCAGUGCAGGAGAUGCUGCAGGAGCUUGGCAGCCACGCAUCCCUCACCUGCUCCAUCCAUCCCCAAACCCACUGUCCUGUCUCACUCCCCAGGAGCAGGGCUCCAGAGCCCCUCUGCCAUAGUUUGAUGGGUACCCUGGCACCCUUGAUGGGGGAGACCUCCCUUGCAGCAAUGAGGAGGAGGAGGUGGCCACCAAGCCAUCUGCAGCCAAGCCUCUUUCCCAAGGACUGAAGUUUCCUAAGGUUUCACUCAGUUCAUAUCUCACCAGACAGGUGUCUUUUGCUCAUCAGAUGCCAUUGUAAACGGUUGCACUGUUUUAGCUCCUUGCCAGGCUUUCUAGAAUAGCCCAUGUAGAAGUGCCUUAUAGACUUUGCCUCUGUUCCAUUAGUGUCAUGGAAAAGGUUGGGGUUUUUUUUAAGUUAUAUUUAUUUUCAUCCCAUUUUAAUUGCACAAAACACUAAAAUUUAAUGCAUGGAAUCUUUUUUUUUUUUUUUAAACUGUGUUUUUAGUUUUUAAGCCAUGCCUUUUCCAUCUUUGGAGAAAGGGUAUGAACAGAUAUGCGUAGCUAUGUACCACUUACCGCUGUACUUUAGCUUUGAGCUGCUCUUAUACAUGUACGUUAUUUUUUAAGCCUGUUUAUAAACCAGAUUCCUUGCUUUGUGGCUUCAGAAGAAGCAGAUUGUUGCUCUCAGAUGUCUUAUGCUUUCCUGGAAGCUGGAACGGUUGCUGUGAGGGAUUUUCCCUGCUCCCACCACACCUCUCGGUCAUUGGGUAAUACAGAAAAAAAUCCAAACCAGUCUGGAACACCAACGCACAGUGCCUGUAAAAAAGUCCUGUAACAUUGCAAAUAAAGGCAUAUGGGAAGCAUU